AUGUCUCCAACAGCUCGUCGCAUCUUCAAUCAACUCGUCGAUGAGCUCAUCGCAAAGCCAAGGUCGCUUCAACACGUGCGCAAAUUCGUCCAUUACGACAUAGUCGACCCCAACGACCAUGACAAUUUAGGUGGCGGCAGAUACUGCGGUUUCUUUCGCCUGAACUUCAACAUUCCCCCAGCCCACGAGCAUAUUGGUUGGGUCCUUGGAACUAGCCGACGCGGACUUGCUACGGGUGGAGCAGAUGUACUACUGGCUCCUGGACCUUCUACCUUCAACGUCGAGAGCAGGCACGUUUAUCUCCAACACCAUCGUCAAACGGGUGUGCUAAUGAUCAUAGCUGGGAAACACCCCGUCUUGAUCAAUGGCAUAGAGAAACUUCAGAAUGCAUGCCACGCCGUCUGUGAGCCCACCGGGAUCACCAUCGGUGACCUUGCAUUCAAAAUAUCUUUCACCGACCUCGAUGAGGAAAGCUAUCGGUAUCAACUGAGGCGCGUCAUGGACUUGAACGCUCCUAGCUUUCCCCGGAUCCCACAUGAAAUCACGCCUGCACCUACUCCAGACAUGAACCACUACAGGGUUAACACUAAAUACUACUCCUAUCCCGUGCACGCUGGAGGGACAUAUUCAACUGUAGCAUACGCAUUCGUCAAGGCUACUGGUGAAGCGGUAGCUUUGAAGAUCAUGAAGAGGACCCGCCACAACACCUUUGAUAUCGACAAGGAACUUCGAAUUAUGCGCAUGCUCAACCACGACUUCAUCGGCGGAGAGUAUCCGGUUGGCUCUGGUCAAGGUGAGUGCCAACAAGUCACUGCUGUCCUCUCACCUUUCGCACCGGCGCUAUCAACGCGUCUUCACGGAGAUCAACGCCCAGAGAACGAAUGGAUUGCCUACGUUAUGAAACAAUGCUACGGAGGCCUCGCCUACAUUCAUGCUAAAGGCAUACUGCACCACGACAUCAAGCUCGACAACAUCGGUGUCGUCGAUUCCAUUCCGCCGCGGGCAGUCAUCAUGGACUUCGGCCACGCUGCUGUCGAGGAGUAUAGUACGAACCACAUGCUUGGAACGGUCCGUUACCUGGCUCCUGAGAUUAUAGCGUUGAAGCAGGAGUCCAAGGCCGCCGAGAGAGCUUACCCCGCUACGCCAUAUUUCGGAGCGCCUGUUGACGUCUGGGCACUUUCCCUCUGCGUCUACGAGCUGUACAUCGGCAAGAUAAUCAAAUGGGCCUCGGUUAACCGCGCAGACUACGAAGCGCUGGACGAAUAUUUCAAAACGGAGCUCAGGAAUAGAGAUGACGACCGGCUUGCGUCAAAGCUCGUGACUUUGGCUUGUAGGGGACUGCAGUGGAAGCCUUCGGAAAGGUGCUCUGCAGCGGAUGGACAUCUUUACUUGUCAUAA